AGGGCAAUAGAAAUCAAAUAGAAACAAGUAUCUACUCAAGUCUUGAGUGAUGACGGAGGCGCAUUUCAAGUACCACGGAACUCUCACUGGGUGGACCCAUUUCCCCACCCCAGCAACAGAGGUUAACACCACUUUAGAUAAGUAUUCCAACCUGUAUAUAUAUGUGGGCUUAUUCCUGAGCCUCCUGGCCAUUCUCCUCCUUCUGCUCUUCAUAAUGCUCCUUCGACUCAAACAUGUCAUCUCACCCAUCAACUCUGAGAGCACAGAAAGUGUUCCUGAAUUCACAGAUAUAGAGAUGCAGAGUCGAAUCCCUUCUUAUUGA